AUGCUGGAUACUUGUCUGGGUGCCCACCUGUGUCCCUCUGGGGACUGGCAGCCUGAGGAGGAGUUGGAUUCCUCCGUCUACAGUGAGGUGUGGGACCCUCUCGGGACUGCAGCAGGGUGCAGACCUCCUCGCAGCUGCUGCGUGCCUGCUCACCACCCUUCCCUUCUCGCUUCCCUUGCAGAGCACUACAAACACCACUGGUUUCCUGAGAAACCGUUCAAAGGCUCUGGGUAUCGCUGCAUCCGGAUCAAUCACAAAAUGGACCCCAUCAUCAGCAAGGCAGCUAGCCAGAUCGGACUCAGCGUACUGCAGCUCUACCAGCUCCUGCCCAGCGAGCUCACGCUCUGGGUGGACCCUUAUGAGGUCUCGUACCGCAUCGGUGAGGACGGCUCUAUCUGUGUCUUGUACGAAGCGACUGCAGCAAAACCUGUGAGCUCCUAUGGGAUGCUUACCUGUAAGAACCAGAUGAUGUUAGGUCGCACCAGUCCUUCCAAAAACUACAUCAUGACUGUCUCCAGCUAAAUACUCCUCUUGUCCUUACACUGCCAAGACACAGGCUACUGUAUACCUCACCUGAGGAUCUAUUUUUAAGAUGAAGAGCUAUUUAUAUUUUUUAAAAAAAAUCCAAGAAAAUCCAAAAUUAAAAUAUUGGGCACCGCUUUGAACAGAAGCGGUGUUCCUGGUGCCUUUUUUUAAAGCUGUUGCAAGCUUGUGAGUUUUUAUGAUGAAGCCGAUAUCUACCUAAUUAGUGUUGGAUGGCAAUUUUGGGCUGGCUUGCUCACUUGGGCAGCUUGGAAUGGAGGAGGAGAGGGAAGAGCCAGGCUGGGAAGUGUGGCUUGGUGCUGGGAGCCAUCUGUCACCUUCUCACUACCCUGGUACCCAACCGUAUUGCUGUAUUGCCAAGUAUUGCAAUACUGUUGGAGAAGGGAUGAAGGAGUUGCUGUCUUUCCUGCAUUAACUUCUUCACUCCCCAGCUGGCCUGAUCUCUCUGGGACCUGGAUAUAGUGUUUGGGGGAACCUUGCCUCAGGGCUGGG